ACCACCGUACCAUAUCCGUAUCUCAUUUCAUAACAGAAGAGAAAUAAUAAAACAGUAAAUGGGACAAGGCGAGGAAACAAAAACCAGAGAAGAACCCACUAUCCAGAUUCAGGAAAGAGGAGAGAUAUUCUUCUUCUACAGGCCGAAAGUAGGUAAGGAAGAGGCGCAUGGGGCGGAAGAUGUACAACGGCUGUACCUGGUUCUGCGGCCCGAAUCGGGGUUCGAAGAAAAACAGGACGAUCACUAUGGCAAAGAAGGCGUUAGUAAGAGGAGUGCUUCUGAAGAUGAAGAAGACGACGAUGGUGCUAAAGAAGGUGGCGGCGCUGGCUGUCAGAAAGUAGACAUCGUCGAGAAACAACCGCUGCUCAGGCUUAUUGUAAUGGGGCGCAAGAGCCUCCCGCAGCCUGCGAAGAAGAGCACGCCGUAUUGGGGUUUUGUUGAGAUGGUCACCACCCAAAUCCAACACCUUAAAGCAGCUCUACAAGGAGAAGAAUACGAGACAAGAACAAGAGGUCACAGACACCUUCCCGAUUCGAGGGCUGUAGGAGAAGGAGUGUACCGUAUCCUAAGGCACACCGGGAAAAAAGGGAUGCACACGCAUUUGAUUUACAAGCUGAAAUUCCCCGCUGAAGAAAAAGUACGUCACGGCGAAGAGGACGACGAGUCGUCAUCGUCGCCGCAGGAGGCGUUGAACAUAGCACAAGAAGCUUCCUUCAUUAUCCAGAUAAAGAGUCCGGAUCAGCACAAGUCAACCGCGGGUCGAUUAAGAGGACUAGACAAUAAGAGGAAGGCUGCCUUCCCUGCCCACUUGCAGGGGCUAUUCGGGCACCAACGCUAUCACCCGGCUGACCCGCCCGAUUUCCUCAACUACGAAGGCUGCGAGUUUCUGCUGAUAUCCGCCUCUGAUGACAUUGAACAAGAGUUGGGACUCGAUUUGAAGACGGAGCAUGAAGAAGAGUACGCGCAAUGCUCGGACCUUCUAGAAACAUUUGGGGAUGAUGUUGCUUCUGAUGUUUUCACCCGCCCGUUGUUCGAAGCCACUUGGGCUUGACCACUAAU